UCGGCCCGCGAAGUCAUCGUCCACCGGACCUUUAUCGAUCUGUCGUCAUGGCUUGUUUUUCUUGGAUCGACGCUUAGGGUUAGGGUUAUGGUUAUGGUUUCUGCAAUGGCGUCCGAACUCAAUAGCCUCACCGGAGCCAACGGAACCCGCGAAGACACCGUCAGCGUCUCCCCUGAACGCGGCGCCACGCUGAAGGACGAGCAGCCGCUCCUCAAGUCCGACCCCCCCGCAGCAAGCCCAACGGCCGAGAGCAUUGAGGAGUUGGAGCGAAAGUACGCACCGUAUGUGCGGAGGGACGCGUACGGGACGAUGGGGCGAGGCGAGAUCCCCGCGACGGAGAAGGUGAUGCUGGGGAUCGCGGCGGUGACGCUGGUCCCGAUCCGCUUGGUGCUUGGGAUGUUGAUAUUGAUGAUUUACUACCUGAUAUGCCGGAUUUGCACGCUGUUCUCCGCUCCGCAUGAGGAGGAUGGGCAGGAGGACUACGCCCAUAUGGGUGGGUGGAGGAGGGAGGUGGUGGUCCGAUGCGGGAGAUUCUGUUCUAGGGCAAUGCUCUUUACGUUUGGUUUUUAUUGGAUCAAAGAGACUCACAGGAGCAUUGGAAACGAGGAUGGCUGCAGAGAUCAGGCUGAUGAAUCGGAAAGACCAGGUGCAGUUGUGUCUAAUCAUAUUUCAUAUGUGGAUAUUCUCUAUCAUAUGUCAUCAUCCUUUCCAAGUUUUGUUGCAAAGAGAUCAGUAGCUAAGCUUCCCCUAGUUGGUCUCAUCAGCAAGUGCCUUGGUUGUGUCUAUGUUCAACGAGAGUCUAAAUCCUCCGAUUUUAAAGGUGUUUCAGGUGUGGUGACAGAAAGAAUCCAAGAGGCCCAUGAAAAUAAGCUUUGCCCAAUGAUGUUGCUCUUUCCAGAGGGAACAACAACGAAUGGUGAUUAUCUUCUUCCAUUUAAGUCUGGUGCCUUUCUAGCAAAAGUGCCAGUCCUUCCAGUUAUUCUAAGAUAUCCUUACUGCAGAUUCAGUCCAGCAUGGGAUUCCAUAUCAGGGGUACGCCAUGUUUUCUUGCUUCUUUGUCAGUUUGUGAAUCACAUUGAGGUCAUCUGGCUGCCUGUUUACUACCCUUCUGAGCAAGAAAAGGAGGAUCCCAAACUCUAUGCUAACAAUGUUAGGAAAUUAAUGGCUACCGAGGGUAAUCUAACACUUUCAGAUAUCGGGCUUGCUGAGAAACGAAUCUAUCAUGCUGUGCUGAAUGAUGUGAAACCUGAAACUUGUUCGUCUGAACCAUUGUUGAACCUCAUAAUCUUUAGUGAAGCUUAUGUGAAACUAGUCCACAGUUGGUUGUGGUUGAUCGACUCGAACAGAUUAUAUGUAAUUUGUCGUUCUUCUGAACCAUUGUUGAACCUCGUUAUCUUUAGUGAAGCUUAUGUGAAACUAGUCCAGAGUUGGUUGUGGAUGAUCGACUCAAACAUGUUAUAUGUAAUUUGUCAAAGCUUUUAGCCGUGAUGUGCAUGAAUAGAUUUGUGGCGUAGAUUUAUAGUAUUAGUUGGGAGCAUGAACAGCAAUCUCAUUGCUUGCAACCUAGGUCAGCUUGUUUUAGAUGAAAUUCCUGAUGUAUUAAGUAUAUAUCAAUUGGUGUGCCUAUUGUAUCGCUCA